GAAGCGCCAUUGUUCGACAGCUAAACUAAAUUUUCCAACCUGAAUAUCAGUAUUGAACUGUAAAUUCUUUGGUUUACCGUAGAACUUAAGCUUUACGAUGAGUCAGUUUAUUUCAAGUCAGCAGUUAAUCUUACUUAUCGGGUUCAUUUCUAUUUGGCCCAUUGGGGGGCUUUUGGAUGGAUCGUGUCCCACAGCUGGAGAAGUGGAGAUUCUACAUCAGCCGAUAGACUUUUAUGACGGUAUCUGGUAUGAGAUCUACACACACCCCAACAAAGUGGAUGCCUGUCCCUGUCAUUACGUCAACAACACUGUGAUAAAGAAGCGAGGGCGGAAUUUCAUGAAGCAAGGUCACUUCUGCUACAACUGGGCAGAGGAUGCAUUUCUGCCCUACUCUACAUGGGAGUACGAAGAGUUAAACGAAGGAGUGGGGGCAUUCGUGGCUAGAAGAGUGACCUCAUAUAACAUAUUCAAUAAACGACACAACUUCUUCGUGAUGGACUGGGAUGACCUCGACACUUAUGUGGGUCUGGCGUGUGACCCUGGCCUCUUUCUCUCCCGCAGAUCCUUCAGAAUCUUCUCCAGAUCCAGGACUCUUCAGGCCAGGACCAGGAGCAAGUUCGCCUCCUUCCUCGAGGAACAGGGUGCCGACUGGUACAGGACGGUCUAUGCUUCUCCAAACAACUGGGAGCGGUGUCCACGAGAUCGAAAGUCAAAUGAAGUUUGAAUGAAAGUUCAAAACUCGUCCAACCAAUCAUAAUAAAGUCGUUUUCAAGAACAGAACAAUUUCUCCAUAAUUUGCAAAUUCCAAAAUUAAAUACAUACACAAAUACGGUAGGGCGAGAAUUCGUAACAGGCGACAAUUCGU